AGCAGGAAGUGGACUGACUUCCUAAUUGCACCAUUAAUUUUGACGACUCGGCAGGUUUGGGUAGGAGCUCAUCUAUAUUCUCACAGUAGCUUGGAUCUAAAGCAGGAGUCAAACCUCAGACAGAGAACACCUGUACGCUGAAGAGAGGCUGUGGAGCAGGCAGCAUGGAGAACAAUAUGACACAGAUCUCUCAAGAGAAUCUGGAGGAGCUCCGGGAAGCCUUCAACAAAAUCGACAUCGAUAACAGCGGUUAUGUCAGUGAUUUUGAGCUGCAGGAACUCUUUCGGGAGGCAAGCCUCUCAUUACCAGGGUACAAGGUGCGAGAGAUUGCAGAGAGGUUCAUCGCUGGUGACACCAACAAAGAUGAGAAGAUAAGCUUUGAAGAGUUUGUUGCGAUAUACCAAGACGUAAGAAGCAAAGAGGUUAGAGAAACCUUUCGCAAGACCAUCUCCAGGAAGGAUGGGAUCUACUCGUUUGGAGGAACAUCUGGAAGUUCCAGCGAAGGAACUCAGCACUCGUAUUCUGAUGAAGAGAAAGUGGCUUUCGUCAACUGGAUCAAUAAGGCCUUGGCAAACGACCCUGACUGCCAACAUAUCAUCCCCAUGGACCCGAAUACUGACAGUCUGUUCAAAUCAGUGAAGGAUGGAAUACUCCUCUGCAAAAUGGUCAACCAUUCCCAGAAGGACACAAUCGAUGAAAGGGUCAUCAACGUGAAAAAACGCACAAUGUUCAACAUGACCGAGAAUUUGAGCCUGGCCCUUAACUCCGCCUCAGCCAUCGGGUGUAUGGUGGUCAACAUUGAUGCUCAGGACAUGAUUGCUGGAACUCCUCACCUGGUGCUUGGGCUCCUCUGGCAGAUCAUUAAGAUUGGCCUGUUCGCCAACAUCGAGCUCUCAAAAAAUGAAGCUAUGAUUGCACUGCUCGGCGAGGGGGAGGACUUGGACCAGUUGUUGUCCAUGUCCCCCGAGGAGCUGCUUCUGCGCUGGGUGAACUAUCACCUCAAAGCUGCUGGACAAACACCAAUCAAAAACUUCACUGAGGACAUCAAGGACUCCAAGGCCUACUUCCACUUGCUGAACGAGGUCUCUCCUAGAGGAGAUGAAGACGACGAGAUGCCAAUUACCAUCGACAUGUCUGGCUUAAACGAGAGUGAUGACCACAAGAGGGCGGAGCUUAUGCUGAAACAGGCGGCUCGGCUCGACUGCCGGCAGUUUGUCUCACCUCAGGACGUGGUAGCAGGGAAUCAAAAGCUCAACAUCGCCUUCAUCGCCAACCUGUUCAACAUGCACCCGGCCCUGAAAAAGCCCACCGAUAACGGCAUUGACGUCUCCACGAUCGAGGAAGAAUCCAGAGAGGACAGAACCCUCAGAAAUUGGAUGAACUCACUGGGGGUAAAUCCGAGAGUCAAUCACUUAUACAGCGACCUGGUGGACGGUCUGGUUAUUCUCCAGCUGUAUGAGAAAAUCCAGGUCCCCGUGGACUGGAAGAAAGUGAACCGUCCUCCCUAUCCUGUCCUUGGCAGCAAAAUGAAAAAACUGGAGAACUGUAACUAUGCGGUUGAGUUGGGCAAAAAGGAGGCAAAGUUCUCACUGGUGGGCAUCGGAGGUGAUAAUCUCAACGAAGGCAAUCCCAAGCACACGCUGGCGCUGGUGUUCCAGAUAAUGAGAAGGUAUACCCUCAAAGUGCUAUCUGACAUUGGCGAUGGAGAAAAAAUCAACGACCAAGUCAUAGUGGACUGGGUGAACAGCACACUGCAAAAAGGACAAAAAGAGACUUCUAUCAGCAACUUUAAGGACAAAUCGAUCAGCACCAGCCUCCCAGUGAUUGAUCUGAUUGACAUAAUCACACCUGGAGCCAUCAGAGAAGAUAUGGUGAAGAAGGAAGACCUGAGUCCUGAGGACAUGCUCAACAACGCCAAGUAUGCCAUCUCAAUGGCACGCAAGAUCGGCGCCAAGGUGUACGCGCUGCCCGAUGACCUGGUGGAGGUCAACCCCAAGAUGGUGAUGACCGUGUUUGCCUGUUUGAUGGGGAGAAGUCUGAAAAAGUGAAGGCCUGAUUGGUUCUGACUAGCUUAUUAUCCAGAUGUUGGGAUGCUCUCUCUUGCUGUGUGAUGAUAUUGUGGUGUUAAUAAUGAGGUCAUAUAUAAAAGUAAACCAUAUUUAUGGAUGAAGAGCACAACUUGAAACGUUAAGAUUUCCUUCGAAACUGGUGGAGUUGAGUUUUGCAGAUAUGAAAUUUUUCAGACCUUUCAUCAUUUGCAGUCUUUUGGUUCCUGCACUUUGAGCCACACCAAC